AUGGUCAUGGCAAAAUUCAAUGGGAAAAGAGGGUGGGUAAAAGAGAGGGAAAUUGUCAAGGCGUUCCCAAAUAAGAAAUAGCGUGCAAUAUGCAUAAAUAUAGCCAUCACUUUGUCACCUUUUUGGCAGCAUUUAGCCAUUUCUUGGACCUUAGAUUUUUUCAUGCGAGAAUGCCCCCUGGACUUGCUAGCGUAUCAUAUCAAAAUAAUCUCUAAGUCAUAGUUGGCUCGGGUCUCCAUAUAUAUAUAUAUAUAUAUAUAUAUAUAUAUAUAUAUAUAUAUAUAUAUAUAUAUAUAUAUAUAUAUAUAUAUAUAUAUAUAUAUAUAUAUAUAUAUAUAUAUUUAUAUGGACCUUAGAUUUUUUCAUGCGAGAAUGCCCCCUGGACUUGCUAGCGUAUCAUAUCAAAAUAAUCUCUAAGUCAUAGUUGGCUCGGGUCUCCAUAUAUAUAUAUAUAUAUAUAUAUAUAUAUAUAUAUAUAUAUAUAUAUAUAUAUAUAUCUAUAUAUAUAUAUAUAUAUAGGUUAUGUUAAAACCGUUGACAAUCUGAUGCCUAAUAGAGCGACUUUCAGCGAGCUCGAAAUUGGCCAAUCUGGCACAAAUUUGUCUAAUAUAUGAAUUAAUUUCAUAGUUUUGUUAAUUUCGUGCAAACAUAAAAAUAUGAAUCAACUUGCCUGCGUAGUUUCCAUCGAAUUUUGAAAUUGCUAAACAAACAUUUGAAAAUUUAUAGGAACGGUUUUGUGAAAAGAACUAAGCAUCAGCCAUUCUCUGCUAAUUUUCACGUUAUUUCUCAAGGCCGGCCUAUUUCCAGCCUGUGUGCAGAAUGUAUAUUAUGCUGUAAUAUAUAGUCUGUGAAAAUUUGAGGCAUUGUUUGUCGACCAUUCUGAUUGGGUGGAGUUCAAAGUUUAACAAAGAUCUGACUUUGAAUAACGUAAACAAACCACAUCACGUUCAGGAAUUGCCGUUAUUUUCAACUCCUUGUUGAGUUUCAUUUGUUCAAUUAUACAGAUGUCAAUAUUAAUCUGCGAAAUGCAUCAAAAACAUUUUUGCGUCGAAAAUUUAGUAGUUUCGGGCAUAUAGAGAAGAAAAAUUUACAAUGAACCUCAAUUGUCAAGAAAAUAUUAUUUCGAUUUUGAAAGCCCGACGUUCGUUUAUAUUUACUGUAAGUCCAGCCAAUCAUAACCCAUUAAGUUGAACCAUGAACAAUCAGAUUCAACUAAACAGAUUUCGGUUGCGCAACUGGGGGUCGACAAGUAAUCCCACAGAUCUCGGUUGCGCAACUGGGGGGUCCUAUUAUCCGUCCCGGCCUGUGUCGUACAUCACAUUUUACCAACGCAAAAACAGGCAAAUUUUAGCUCCAGUUUUACCCUUUCAGGACCACCUAUUAUUAUGAGGAUGCUGUGCAUAAGUUUCUCGAGUGUUUAGAGAUAGAACAGCAAUACAUCGAAGAGAAACUUAGUUUCGUCGAGCCGAUCCGCAUCGAGAAGGAGGAAGAACAGAUGUUUCAAAACACCAUUAACUGCCAUAUCUGUGGUUUCGAAUUGGGCGCCGACCGGGUUCGCGAUCAUUGCCACCUCACAGGAAAGUAUCGUGGAGCCGCACACAACGAAUGUAACUUAAACUAUAGUUUUACUGGACGCAUUCCUGUCAUCCUUAACAAUCUUCGUGGUUAUGACUCCCACUUGAUUAUGCAAGGCCUUGGAAAGCUAAAGAAUAAGGAGAUCAACUGCAUCCCCAACAAUACUGAAAAGUAUAUUUCCUUCUCCAUCAAUAAACUAGAUUUUAUUGACUCACUUCAGUUUAUGAACGCUUCCCUCGAACGGCUUGUCUCAAACUUAUCCAAGAAUGGUGGGGAUAUGUUUCCCAUCCUCCGGAGAUACGUUGAAUCUGAGAAAGUGCCAUUGUUGCUGAGGAAAGGCGUGUAUCCGUAUGACUACAUGGAUAGUGUGAAAAAGUUCGAUCAAGAAACUCUGCCUCCUCAAAAAUGCUUCUACAGUAUUCUAAACGGCGAACACGUUUCCGAUGCUGACUACGACCACGCUACUCGCGUCUUUGAGGCUUUUAGCUGCCAAAGUAUGGGAGACUAUCAUGAUUUGUACUUAAAAUCUGACGUUCUGCUCCUUGCUGAUGUAUUUGAAAACUUCAGAAACGUCGGUUUAAAAGCAUACAAUCUGGAUCCUUGUCACUUUUACACAAGUCCUGGGUUGGCGUGGCAGGCUUGUCUGAAAAUGACAGAGGUGGAACCAGAGCUAUUGACUGAUCCAGAUAUGUAUUUAUUCAUCGGAGAAGGUCUUCGUGGUGGUAUAUCCAUGAUAAGUAACCGUUCCAGUAAAGCGAACAAUCCGUACAUCCCCAACUAUAACCCUGACCAAGACUCAUCUUACCUGAUGUAUCUCGACGCUAAUAAUCCUUAUGGCUGGGAAAUGUCACAACCUCUACCAACUGGUGAAUUCCAUUGGUUAAAUGAAGAAAAGAUCUCCAACCUUGACAUCGCGCAAAUUCCCGAUAGUAGUAUAGGAACUGCCGAAGCGAGACCACUUUUAUUUUUUAAAACCCCUUUUCAACGACUAAAAAUGGUCUCACUCAGGCUGUUCCGUAGCAAAUUUUGA